AAGAAGACCCCAGGCCAGGAAUUCAGUGGAAGAGCCUCCGCUGCUGCCCCGCCUGCACGCCUCCACAGACCCGCAGGUGGCCGGGGUCUCGGUUUCCACACUUGCAGAAAUGGUAGCAUGGCCCCGCUCUCCUCAGGUGCCUCGGAGGCACUAACAAGAAACCACCCGCCUCAGUGAGGUUCUCUUCCUUGGGCUACAAGAGCCGGCUGAAGAGAAAUCACCUUGUUCUCUCCCUCCCUAAGUAGCUCCAGGUGAUCUUUUUCGUGGGGGUGGAUGCCAGGCGGAGACUGCCCCCAGCAACCAGGUAACCCAAGGCCGGAGGGGCUUCGCGCCCACGACGACCCAGCACCAGCCAGCCCGCCUGGGUCCCAGCCGCGCGGGACUGCCAGGUGGCCACGUGACCCCACCCGUUGCCCCGGGAGAUGGCCGGCGCUUUGUUCUCAAAGCCCCGACUCUCCCACCCGGCGUCCCCAGCAGGGCGAGCCGUGGUGCGCGGGGUCGACCCGGCCGGCUCCGCGCGGCUGCCAGGGCCCUCCCGGCCGCCCGCUGCCCCCCCCCCUCCGCCGCCCCGCCGCGGUUGGUACAGCCCGCGCCUGGAGGCUGCGCGGCUGUGACGGGGAACCCAGAGCAGGCGGCAAGUCGCCGGGGAGGAGUUUGGAAGGCAAGGUCAAGGAGACAAUGCACAAUGCCUUUUGGGACCAUCUCAAAGAGCAGUUGUCAGCUACUCCCCCAGACUUCAGUUGUGCUCUUGAACUUCUGAAAGAAAUUAAAGAGAUCCUGUUGUCACUGCUGUUACCGCGCCAGAGCCGCCUGCGAGGAGAGAUCGAAGAAGCACUGGACACAGAGCUCCUCAAGCGGAAAGCAGAACACGGGGCCUUGAAUGUCUCUCUUCUCUCUAAGUACAUUCUCGACAUGAUGACUCUGCUGUGUGCACCCAUUCGGGACGAAGCAGUGCAGAAUCUGGAGAACAUCACCGACCCUGUUCAGUUACUGAGAGGGAUCUUCCAGGUUCUGGGCCUGAUGAAAAUGGACAUGGUGAACUACACUAUCCAGAGCCUUCAACCCCACCUGCAGGAACAUUCCAUCCAGCAUGAACGGGCGACAUUCCAGGAACUCCUCAAUAAGCAGCCAAGCCUCCUUGACCACACCACCAAGUGGCUGACCCAAGCGGCUGUAGACCUUACCAUGCCACUUCCGAUUUGCCUGGACAUUUCUGACUCCACCACCAUGGCCUGCUCCUCUCCAAACGAGACAGUCAGCAGCCCGGAGCCCCUCAGCCCCACCAUGGUGCUGUCCCAGGGUUUCCUGAACCUCCUUCUCUGGGACCCUGAGAAUGAAGAGUUCCCUGAGACGCUGCUGAUGGACAGGACCCGUCUUCGGGAGCUGGAGUCCCAGUUGCACCAGCUGACCCUCCUGGCUUCAGUCUUGCUGGUGGCCAGUAGUUUCUCUGGCAGUGUUCUCUUUGGCUCACCUCAGUUUGUGGAUAAGCUGAAACGUAUGACCAAAGACCUGAUAGAGGAGUUUGACUCCAGGCCUGAAGAGGCUAUGCAGACUGUGAGUGAACAGGUGUCUCAGGAAAUCCAUCAAAGCCUCAAGAACAUGGGGCUUGCUGCUCUGAGCAGUGACAACACAGCUUCGCUGAUUGGACAACUCCAGAACAUUGCCAAGAAGGAGGACUGUGUCCGCAGUGUUAUUGAUCAGCGGAUCCAUUUGUUUCUCAAAUGCUGCUUGGUCCUUGGUGUGCAGCGGUCCCUGUUAGACCUCCCCGGAGGCCUUACUGUCAUUGAAGCAGAACUGGCAGAACUAGGCCAAAAGUUUGUCAGCCUAACGCAUCACAAUCAGAAGGUGUUUGGCCCCUACUACACGGAGAUCCUAAAAACCCUCAUCCCUCCAGCCCAGGCCCUGGAAAAUGAGGUGGAGUCUCUGUGACUGCACGGACUCCAAGCCCCAGCCCCUCGGACCCAGGCGAGAGCUGGGCCUGCUCCUGGGGUGACCUCACCAGCGACCGUCAGAGCAGGAAGCCCUCCUCCCCUCCCGAGGGCAGUCCACCAGGGCUGAAGUGAGCAGCAUGUCAGCAGCAACUGGCUCAAACUCAUUCACCAAUAAACUUAUGGACUGCAA